CGGCCAUAUUUACAGAAACAUAAUUCAACUUCAUGUACCAAAAAAGAAUAAGGUACCAAGACUUGGCUGUAUGGUGUAAAACCUUUGCCUUUUCCUUUAUGGAAAGAAGAAAAAAAAGCCAAAGAUUGAAUACCAUAGUCACUCUGAAAUAAAUAAAGUCAAAGGAUUUGUUUGAAACUUGAGAGGCGCUACUUUUUUCCAUCGUCUAAAGGGUGUUACGGUGUUACCAAAGACUCCACAGAGGGGGUGCUACACAAAUCAAAAAGAUAAGGGUGCUACGUGCGUGAGAUCAAAUAUUUUGUGAAAAAUCUACACCCCAUACCAUAGAAUUCUGAUAUAAUAUCGGAAUGGAGGAAGUAGAUUCCAUAAUUUUACAUUUUCUUCGUCAAUUAAACAUAAAAAUUGAUGAAGAAAUUAAAAACAUUUGUGAUCUUCGUGUAGAUACUAUAAUUCAGUCUGCAUCAAAGUGUCUGAUUGCAAUUAAUCCAUCCUUGAAGGUGCCAACAAAAUUGCCAUCAGGUAUAUCACACAGAAUUGAAGUGGCUGCUCAGAUUGCUUCACUUUGCAAGGAUUUAGGCUAUAAAAAUGAUGUUGGUUACCAAACAUUUCUAUAUUACAAUGAAGCUGAAUUGAGGCAAGUGUUUAUGUUCCUCAUAGAGCAAUUGCCCAGUGAGGGCAAGCAAACCACUGCCCAAGAGCCAAUAAACAAGAGAUCCUUGCUUAUGCAAAGUAUCAGUGCCAAAAUUGGUGAGGAGUUGAACUCUAUUUGGAUACCACCUUGUUGCAAUCCUCCUGAUAAAAAAACUAUUGGAGAUUUUUUUAUUUCUUCUUCAGUAAUGUGUAUCAACAAAUUUACUUUAACAGAUGAAGAAAUUAUUCAAAAGCUACAAAAAAUCAAGGAAAUAAGUAAAACGAAUGUCCUGAACCAAUCUAUUCAGGAAAAUGUUGAGGUCAACAAUGCUAAAGGUAAAGAGCAGCCAACAAUGAAAGAAGUUAAACAUGAAAUAAACAAAAGUCUAAAGGAAUUGAAAGAAAUGGCCAUAGUUUUGAGACAAAAACUUGAUACACUUGAAAGUGAAAGAAAUGUAAUGGAUGUUGAAUAUUCUCAGGCCCAAAAAGCUUGUGAAAGAGCUGAAGCUGACCUAAAACACGUUCAAAAUAUACUAAAUAGUAUUGGAAUAACAGAUAUUGACUCAUUCGAUGCUACUGACAAUGUUUUGGACAAAGUUCAGGAAAAUAUUAAUAUGCUGCACAGAAAGAGUGAGGAAUUAAUAUCUCGGAAUUUAUCUCUCAAAGUAGAAAUUGAUAAAUUGAGAAACAAUUUAGCUGCAUCAGAGUCUGAAAGAACCAAAUGCAAAAAAACAUUGACUGCUUUAAAAGAAACUGCCAAAUCAAUGAAAGAGGAAUGUGAGAAGAAAGAAGAAAUGAAAAAUCAAGUGAAAAAUAAUUAUGACAAAAUUAAAGGAGGUAACAAAAGGUCUAUUUACACGAAAAGAAUAUUGGAAAUUAUAAGUAAUGUAGAUAAACAAAAUCUUGAAAUACAGAAGGUACUAGAAGACACAAGGCAGCUUCAAAAAGAAAUCAAUACUCUGGAAGGGCAACUGGAUAGGUGUUUUUCCAUUGCUGAUGAAACCUUGUUCAGAGAUGCAAAGAAGGAUGACCAAGCUAAGAAAGCAUAUAAGUUACUGGCCCUAUUACACUCUGAAUGUAACACCAUAGUUUCCCUUGUCAAUGACACAGGCUCAUUAGCUAGGGAUAUUGUGGACUUAGAAGACAAUAUAAAAGCUGAAACGACUAAGAGAACUGAAGAUACUUUAAAAAAGAUUCAACUUGAUCUCACUAAAAUGCAAGAAGAAUCAGUUGAGCUCAUUUAAAGGUAUUGUUGUUAUUGGCAACAAAUAUUAAUGAUGGUGGACCUGUACAAAUAAAAUUGGUAA